CUCUAUUCUUUCUACCGUCUCCUGAAGGUAUGUGUUGUCAGGGGAGACAGAAGUCCAUGUGCCAAGUUUAGCAUGUGACCACCAACACUAUUUUCAGUGUUCUACCCCUGACUAAAAUUAGACCUCCUCUUGGGUCACGUUUCAUCACCACUGACAGACAUGGGACGAGGUCUAUUGCUACUCUGUUACAAGAUUUUCAAAGCAAAGAAGUUAUUCCAUCAACACAAUGGAAUACACUGAAGAGAUUUGUGAGGAAUGUAUUACAAGGGUCUUCUUGAAGCAAAUUUGUCCAAUCUAGAAAGUACUAUUUUACCAUUUCUUACAGGACUACUACAGCUGUGCUCCAAUCGGUUUUGAACUCGCAUUGUGUUGUUGCUUCCUUGAACUUUACAGUCUAUUUGGUGUGACAGAUGUAUUUCAUCAUUUUGGUCAAUUAUGUGAAAGAGUAAAUCUCCUCGUGAUACGGAAGAUGAAUGAAGAUCCAAAUAAAAAACAGGCUACAUAAUCUUAUGUUAUCAAUCAUCAUUAUGAGUGAGUUUCCUUCUGCAGUGAAUACAUCUGAGCAGAGAAUUUCCUGCAUCUGUCCUUGUCUAGCUCUGUCCAGCUAAUUAAGGGAAGCAGUGAUCAACCAGACUCCAGUCCUGUUUUGAGUUUAGAAUUUUUUGGGAGCUGUUUGAACAGUUGGUGUAGGGUCACCAUGACCGGGGUGGCAGUGUGCAGUGGCUCCGUCAGCUCUAUCAAGUCCCUUUGGGAGACUAGAAUUAAGAAAACGAAACAAGAUCUGCAGAAGCAACAAGAACAAAGGGCCGGUGUAGGUAGGGUGAGACAUAACUGGGAAGAUCGGAUUAUAUUGGCCAAGCUGAAAGAGAAGGUGGUGACAGAGGAAGGACGUGUCAUUUUAAGGAUAGAGAAAGAAGAAUGGAAGACUUUGCCUCGAGCCUUGGUUCACUUUCCUCAACUCAUGGAGUGGCAGCUUCACAGGGUUGGACUACAGACAAUCCCCCGCUUCGUUUCCAGCUUUGAGAAUCUGCUUGUUCUUGACCUGUCCCGAAAUGCCAUCACAGAGAUCCCAAAAGAGAUUGGUAAACUGACCAGGCUAAGGGAGCUGCUGGUGAGCUACAAUAGAGUGCAAAGUGUUCCAGAAGAACUGGGCUGUUGUGAGAACCUGGAGAAACUGGAGCUGGCAAUGAACAGGGACCUUGACGAGCUGCCUUCAGAGAUUAGCAACCUGAAGAAGCUUUGCCACUUGGAUCUCUCCAUGAACCAGUUCACAGAGAUUCCAGAGAGUGUGGUGAGUCUGCCUGCCCUGGAAUGGUUGGAUAUGGGUGGAAAUCGGCUGCAGAGCUUACCACAUGACAUCCACAGAAUGGAGAAGCUGCAUACUAUGUGGCUGCAGAGGAACGAAUUGGAGUUCCUGCCUGACAACAUCUGUUACAUGCGAAGCCUGGACACGCUGGUGCUUAGCAACAAUAAGCUACAUGACAUUCCCUCAAUGAUGGAGGACAUGAACAACCUCAAGUUUGUGAAUUUCAGAGACAACCCUCUGACAUACGAAGUGGAGCUGCCUGCUGCCCCGAAUAAAUCUGAGGAUGAAGAAGAGGAUGACAGAGAGAUGUUUGGCCGAGAUUUCAUGCGCGUCUACUGCCAGGAGGCACGGAAAAGAGUUAACGCCAUGCUAAAUAUGCAUCGUGUAAAUCCACCUGAGUCAAACUACACCUCAGAACUAAAUGUGACCCUUGAAGCUGUAGCAGAAUCUGCACCGUUACUGUGA